CACACUUGCAAUAUAAUAUGAACAACUUCCUGAAUCGAUAAGGGAAUUGUUUGCAAAGGAGAUAUAAAUUACAAAAAAUUAAGUUUGCAAUACCAUUCUGAGUAAACCAUUGCUGUAUUGAUGUAACUUCUAAAGUAGAAAAGACAACUGUACGCAACGUAUUGUAAGCAGUUAUCUUAUCACAGGUGUGAUAAUGAUGUCCUUCCAUUGUUAUAGUAUUCGUUACAAGCGAAUACAAUCCACAAAAGUAGAUUUAGCAAUUUAGUAUGGAAGUAAAGUUACUUACAAGAUUAAGCUGAAUUGUGGUAGAUAAGCAAGAGGGAAAUGAUUAGAUAAAAGUACAUCGCCCUGUGAGUUGACAGUUGGACUCUCUUAGAGGGAACACGAUGUUGUCCAAUAUUUUGACUUUACUGCGUACUGUCACCUUGGAACCAUCAAUGAUGCUGUACUACACUGCCCUUGCCAUGACUGCUGUGAACGGGCAGAACCUGCUUCUCCAGAAGGCCUGUCACCCUGGCGAUACUCCUCCUUCCUCCACGACUUGUCAGGACGAGGUACAUGCCCAACAGUGGACUACCCAGAUCCAGACGUGGAAACAAAUCAUCGUCCUGUUUGGACCAGUCUUUUUCGUCCUCUUCGCCGGUCCGUGGAGCGACAACCAUGGCAAGCGAAGGAAGCCACUCUUGUACCUCCCUCUCUGUGGACAGAUCCUUUCCGAUCUUCUCUGCAUCGUCAACGUCUACUUCUGGAGUUGGUCACCAGUAAUCGCAGCCCUGUCGGAGUCGAUCCUUCCUUCCCUAACUGGCGGUAGAGCUUGCUUCCUAAUCGGCGUGAACAGUUAUGUAUCCGAUAUAACUACAGACUCUUCCAGAACAAUCAGACUGGGGGUUUGCACUGCAAUUUACUUCCUCGGAACUCCGCUGGGAGCGUUUAUUUACGGAUUGGUCGUUCACACCAUUGGCUUUUAUGGUGUCUUCUCUGCUUGCGUUGUUUUAAAUUUAGUAGCGCUUGUAUACCUGUAUUUGUUUGUGAGUGAAAACAAGUGUGAUGGUGAGAUCUGUGAAUUAAACACAUGGGAGGGCUUGCUUGAUAUGAGAAACAUCGUUCAGUCGUUCAGGACAAUUAUCAGACCAAGGAAAGGCUGGAGAAGAGCUGUUAUACUUAUAAUGAUUGGAGUUGCACCUCUGACUAUGGCUCCUUUGCAAGGUAAGAUCAAAUAG